ACGUGACCUUUUCAAGGUCUAUUCUGUCCGCCUCUCUUCCGUCGUCGGCAUCUUUCAGUCUGCUGCUGAUCUUUAUUCCUUCACUGUCUUUUUAUUUUAACUGAACAAUGGCAUUGAACAAACUUAGUAUUGAUGCCCUUAGUUUGGCUGGCAAGCGUGUUCUUAUUCGUGUCGAUUUCAAUGUACCUUUGAAGGAAGGCAAAAUUACCAACAACCAACGCAUUGUUGCUGCUUUGGAGACUGUAAAAUAUGCACUUAGCAAGGAUGCCAAGUCUGUCGUCCUUAUGUCCCACUUGGGGCGCCCUGACGGAAGCCGUAACUUGAAAUACACUAUGAAACCAGUAGCUGAAGAACUCAAAAAACUUCUAAACACUGAUGUUACAUUCCUAGAUGACUGUGUUGGCCCUGAUGUUGAAAAGGCUUGCGCUGAUCCUGCCAAGGGCUCUGUUAUUCUCCUUGAAAAUUUACGUUUCCAUGUUGAGGAAGAAGGAAAAGGAGUGGAUGCCUCUGGCAACAAGAUCAAAGCAUCUCCUGAUGCUGUGAAAGCUUUCAGGGAAUCACUUCGAAAACUUGGUGAUGUGUAUGUAAACGAUGCUUUUGGCACAGCCCACAGAGCUCACAGCUCAAUGAUGGGUGACGGAUUUGACCAGCGUGCUUCAGGAUUUUUGCUGAAGAAGGAACUGCAAUAUUUUGCAAAGGCUCUCGACAAUCCUCAGAAGCCUUUCUUGGCAAUUUUGGGAGGUGCCAAGGUUGCUGACAAAAUCCAACUGAUUGAAAAUCUUCUUGAUAAGGUGUCAGAAAUGAUCAUUGGUGGUGGAAUGGCGUACACCUUCUUGAAGGAGAUGAAGGGAAUGAAAAUUGGAACUUCAUUGUUUGAUGAGGAAGGAGCAAAGAUUGUCAAGAAAUUGGUUGAAAAGGCUGAGAAGAACAAUGUGAAGCUUCACCUUCCGGUUGACUUUGUCACUGCUGAUAAAUUUGCAGAGGAUGCUGCUGUUGGUGCAGCCACCCUUGAACAAGGCAUUCCAGAUGGGUGGAUGGGCUUGGAUGCUGGUCCCAAAACUAUUGAAUUGCUCAAGGAUCCUAUUAAGAGAGCCAAAGUGAUUGUGUGGAAUGGACCUAUGGGUGUCUUUGAAUUUGAGAAUUUUUCCAAAGCAACAAAGGCUGUAAUGGAUUCUGUAGUUGAGGCAACUGCUGCAGGGACUGUAACCAUCAUUGGCGGUGGUGACACAGCAACUUGUGCUGCCAAGUGGAAUACCGAGUCCAAAGUUAGCCAUGUCAGCACUGGUGGCGGUGCCAGUCUUGAACUUCUUGAGGGUAAGACUCUUCCAGGAGUUGCAGCUUUGACCAAUGCUUAACUGAGGGUCUAUCAUAAUUUUGUUUGCUUACAAACAGUAGAGCUAAGAAUUAAAAUUUGAAAGAGCGAAAGAUGACCUAUUGUUACGAUAGAAACAUGUAAUUCGUUUAAAGAUCUUUGUUUUCUGAAUUGUUAUCAUGAGAUUGUUCUAGUCUGAUUUUUUUAAAACUUAAACCAGGUAUAUUUGAUUUGGCAUAAUUUUUCUAUACAAAGAAAAAGUUAUGUUGACAUUUUAUUAAAAUAUUUAUUCAAUUCAACCUUUGUCUGUUUUCUAUUUUAAGCAAAAGUGCAGGACAGAAUUUUGGCAUCUUAGUUUUAUUUUGAUCAUACUGCUAAUGAAGAAUUAAAUCCGUCAGUAAUUUC